AGUAAAGCUAGGUUUGCCAAACUAGAGAGCCGAACCCGGUUUUUGGGAAAAAGAUAAAGAAAAAAAAACAUUCUUCUUUUUUUCCUCAUUCUUCUUCUCCAAAGAAAAAAAAUAUGGCUACAGCUUCUAGAAAAUCAAGAACCAGUGCACUUCGAUCCCUUUCACCUUCCCCUAAACUCUGCAAUUCUCAACAAUCACCUUCACACUAUUCUUCCUCCGCUUUCGCUUCUUCAUCUUCAAGUUUCGCUUCACGUCCAACAAACUUUUUCCGAGCCUCUACCUCACCGACACGUGUCAGUCUUUACGGAUCGUCACCGUCUGUGUCGGCUUCGUCGGUUCGGUUUUCACUAGACCGUUCAAUUUCACCGAACCGGUCUAUUUCUGUAACACCGCGAACCGGUGGAAAGAAACAGAGUAGUAGUCAGCAGAAACGAACUUGCAUGUGUUCGCCUACGACGCAUCCUGGUUCGUUUCGUUGUAGUCUUCACAAAGGAUUCGGCUCACGCGCUUCUACGACGCCGUAUUCGCAGAACAGACUCAACGCGCGUAGAUCGGCGAUGACGAAUUCGUUAGUGAGAAUUCGCGGCGUGGAAGGGGAUCUCGUGAAGAGAGCUCUCGCUGCGUUGAUUCGACCUUCUUCGCAUCAGCAGAGAAGGAGAGGUGAUUUUCGUCCAAGACCUAGUAGACUUUCCGUUAUGUCUAAAGCCGAAGAUUCUUGAAGAAGCUUUAAACAGGUUUAUUGAUACCACGAUACGGUUUCCGGCCACCGCCAAAGGUGGCGCCAGAUCCCGCCGAAUUAGAUUAUCAGAUCUAACGGCUGAGCGAACAAUUUGGAAAAUCAAGCAAGGAUUGAUUAUGUGCUUCGUCUCUCCUUGUUGUUUGUGUACAUAUAGAACAAGUGUGUAUAUAUAUAUAUAUAUAUCUAUCAGUGGCAGCCAUUGAUGGCAGUUCUUGGAGCUUCUGGACUUAAUUUCAUGAAAAACAAUUUUGAUAAAAAUAUAAUUAAUUAAUUCUCACUUUAAUUCCAAAAUUCAAUUGCAGUCAAUGUUUUUUUUAUGAUGUUGAAUUGAAUCUUUAACUGCGUUGUUCUAUUUUCA